AUGAAGAAAGUCGCCGGUUUGGAUGAGAAACUUACAGUUGAGGAACGUAACUUAUUGUCUGUCGCUUACAAAAACAUCAUCGGCGCCCGUAGAGCUUCUUGGCGUAUUAUCUCCUCUAUAGAGCAAAAGGAAGAAAGCAGGGGUAACACUAAACAAGUCGGUUUGAUUAAGGAAUAUCGUAAGAAGAUUGAAGAAGAACUCGCUGAUAUCUGCAAAGAUGUUCUUGAAGUACUUGAAAAGCAUUUGAUCCCUGUUGCUGGUACCGGUGAAUCUAAGGUGUUCUACUACAAAAUGAAGGGUGAUUACUACCGCUACCUUGCAGAAUUCGCCGUUGGUGAAACCUGCAAACAAGCCGCUGAUAACUCUUUGGAAGCUUACAAGUCUGCCUCCGACAUUGCUGUUGCUGAACUCCCUCCUACCGAUCCUAUGCGUUUGGGUCUUGCUCUUAACUUCUCUGUUUUCUACUACGAAAUUCUUGAUUCUCCUGACAGAGCAUGCCACUUGGCCAAGCAAGCAUUUGAUGAAGCUAUUUCCGAACUUGACAGCCUUUCAGAAGAAUCUUACAAGGAUUCUACUUUGAUUAUGCAACUUCUACGUGACAAUUUAACUUUAUGGACCUCGGACGCAGAAUACAACAACUCUUCUAAAGACGAGCCUGCUCCUACAUCCCUCGAAAACGAGUCUGAACCCAAACAGCGUGCUGCUGAAUCCUCCAAUGCUUAA